GCCGGGCGGUGCGGGGCCGCCCCGCCGCCACGGCUCGCGAGACCGCGCGGGACAGGAUGGCGGUGCCGGCGCGGCGGAGCCUGGUGUUCGUGACCGGCAACGCCAAGAAGCUGGAGGAGGUCACCCAGAUCCUCGGGGACUCCUCUCCCUACACGCUGGUGGCGAAGAAAAUUGACCUGCCGGAGUACCAGGGCGAGCCGGACGAGAUCUCGGUGCAGAAGUGCCGCGAAGCCGCCCGGCAGGUUCAGGGACCUGUUAUAGUAGAGGAUACCUGCUUGUGCUUCAAUGCCCUAGGGGGGCUUCCAGGACCAUACAUAAAAUGGUUCCUGGAAAAACUCAAACCAGAAGGCCUCUACAAGCUGCUGGCUGGGUUUGAAGACAAAUCUGCCUAUGCUCUCUGUACCUUUGCAUUCAGUACUGGAAACCCAGAGGAGCCCGUGAAGCUCUUCAAAGGCCAGACUCAUGGGCUGAUAGUGGAGCCCAGAGGCCCUCGAGAUUUUGGCUGGGAUCCCUGCUUUCAGCCAGACGGCUACAACCAGACCUACGCCGAGCUGCCCAAGGCAGUGAAGAAUUCCAUCUCGCACCGGUACAGGGCGCUGAGCGAGCUCUCCGCCUUCCUCCUCCAGGGCACCGCGGCGGAGGCUCCCAGCUAGCCCCGCCGGGCUCCCAGCCGGCCCCGCCGCGCGCCCGGUGCUGCCGGUGUCGCGCACCGCCCCGGGACAGCUCCGCUCCCUCUGGGCUGCCAUUAAAGUUGCUCCCUUUGAAGCCACCAGUA